GAAGAAGUGCGUUAAUGUUUACGAAGUCUCUGUGAAGUUAGCCUGUCAUUUGUUUUGGACCAGAACAUUUGUGAGCCAUCACCGCAAUGUGGGUACGUCCGGAGGAGGUUCUCAUUGCCAAUGCUCUUUGGAUCACAGAGCGAGCGAACCCAUAUUUUGCCCUUCAGAGGCGGAAGGGGCAUGGAGGGGGCGGGUUGACAUCUCUUGUUAUCGGAACUCUGGACUCGGUCCUUGACAACAAGUCUGCACCCUACCGUAUCCUUCAUCAGACUCCUCAAUCAGAGCUUUACCAUACCAUUGCAACAGCUCUUCACAAGAAAGAUAUCAUUAAGCACUGGGAAUGGAUUGAACAGAAUCUCAUGGUUACUCUUGAUAACUUUGAAGCUGAUGAUGAUGUGACUGAGUUUGUAAAAUGCAAGAUUGAGAGUUUAGUGGCCAAUGUUGAAACGUCCUCACCAACAGAAACAAAAGAAGAUGAAGAGAGUAAACGUUUCAAGGCUGCAUCUGAUAAAUGGAGACGACUUUUCACCAUACAGGAAGACGAAAAGCUUGUCAACUAUUACUCCUGCAGUUAUUGGAAAGGGCGUGUCCCCCGUCAGGGAUGGUUGUACCUCAGCGUGGAUCAUUUCUGCUUUUAUUCUUUCCUCAUGGGGACCGAGUCCAGGCUCCAAAUCAGAUGGACAGAAGUUACACAUCUGGAAAGGAGCAACUCUGUUCUAUUUCCCGAGAGUAUACGAGUGACGACCCGAGAGGGGCGUUAUUACUUCUCCAUGUUCGUCCAUCCUGAGGAAACAUUCCAACUGAUGGAGCAGCUUGCCAACCUAGCCAUGCGCCAGCUCCUCUCAGAAGAAGGCUUCUCAGAAGAUCGUAAUCUGCCGGACAGAUCAAAAGUCAAGAAAAAAGCUCCCAAGAAGGUCUCGUCUCUCAAACGUGAUUUGGACGCUCGAGCAAGGAGUGAAGCCUACAGGCGAGUGUUCCGGUUGCCCGUAGCGGAGAAGCUGGACGGUAACAUCCCUUGUACGCUCUGGGCUCCGUACAGCAAAUCACACGUCGGCGGAACCAUGUAUCUGUCAAGGAAUUAUAUCUGUUUUGCGAGCAGGAUCAAGAAUCUUGUUCAGGUGGUUAUACCUAUGAGAGAUGUAACGGUGGUGGAAAAGGUUGAGAAUUCAUCCCUCAUCAACCAAGGGUUACAUAUAUCAACAAGAGCUAAGAUGACAUUCCUCUUUGCACAGCUGACUGACAGAGAUUUUCUCGUUCAGCACAUAUCUGAUUUCCUAGCAAAAACAACUGAAAAUGCCAGACCUACAGGAGACAGCAUCUCCAUAGCGUCGUCAAAUGAGGGCAGUAUAACACGCUCUACCGCUGAUCCAAUGCAAAGCUUACUAAGUUCAAGCUUCGGUAGUAACGAGAGUGAUCCUAGCUCUAACUACUCAUCCAUGAUGUAUUACUCUACAGUGUUAACAGACCUCAACGAUUAUGAUAAUAAUGCAUCCCCUGAAACAAGCAGUGAGUCGCCCAAUCACAGCGUAGCAUUUCAGCUCCAACCUGCCUUAGUGAAGCUAUUCAACAGAAGAGGAUCGGACGAAAUCUCGGCAAGAGAGACGGUGAAGGAACAUCUAUGGAAUAUGCACUUCAAAGAGUAUGGAAGGGGUGUAUGCAUGUAUCGUACUGUCGAAACCCAGCAUCUAAUUAUUAAAGGCCUUCCUGAUAGCCUAAGAGGGGAGAUGUGGAUGCUGUACUCUGGUGCUAUCAAUGAGAUGGCAACGCAACCUGGGUACUACCAAUCGUUAGUUGAACAGAGUCUGGGGAGAGAGACUAUCGCUACCGAUGAGAUCGAGAGAGACCUCCAUAGAUCACUACCGGAGCAUCCUGCCUUCCAGUCUGAGCUCGGUAUAGCAGCUUUGAGGAGAGUUCUUACAGCGUAUGCCUACCGUAAUCCAACCAUUGGUUACUGCCAAGCAAUGAAUAUAGUAACUUCGGUGCUGUUACUAUAUGCCAACGAAGAAGAAGCGUUCUGGCUACUGACGGCUGUAUGUGAACGGCUCCUUCCCGACUACUACAACACGAGGGUCAUUGGAGCACUGGUGGAUCAAGGUGUGUUUGAAGCCCUAACUAAGGAAACCAUGUCAGAGCUAUACAUGAAGAUGGAAGAACUAGGAAUGCUGAGUAUGAUCUCUCUAUCUUGGUUCCUUACAGUCUUUCUAAGCGUGAUGCCAUUUGAGAGUGCAGUCAGCAUCAUGGAUUGCUUCUUCUAUGACGGAUCAAAGGUCAUCUUCCAGAUUGCCCUUGCUGUCCUUGACGCUAACUAUGAAGCACUCCUGGAGUGCGAUGACGACGGCCAAGCCAUGGUCGUUCUGAGCCGCUAUCUGGAGAACGUCGGCAAUCGGGAUGCCACCAUGCCGCACGUCCCUCACUCAUCAGUUAUCGUGGGAAGCGAAGGAAAAGACUCACCACAGGUUUCUGUGGAAGUAUCUGAGCUGAUCUACAAUUCCUACCAUAAGUUUGGCUCCGUCUCCAAUGAGAAGAUCGAGAAGAUGCGUUUGAACGAGAGAUUGAGGGUCGUCCAGGGAUUGGAAGACACCGCUCGGAGGAGUGUGAUCAGGAGUCUCGUCUCGGACACGGCUUUUGGAAACAAAGAACUGGAGGAACUUUAUGUACUCUUCAAGGAGGAGUUUCUGACCGGUAACCUACUAUCCAACACACCUAUCAUGGACCACGCCCAACACUUCCUGUCUGUCGUCAAGCUAGACUUAGAGAAAUACCAGACCCUCUUCCUUGCUCUGUCCCCCUGGGCUACUGGUUCCCAUGCGGACAAGCUUGGUGUUAGAUCCUUUAGGGUUUUGGACUCUGAUCACGACUGCCUUAUCAACUUCAGGGACUUUGCCUGGGGCAUGGGGAUCAUGUGCAGAGGUGAGAUGCCCCAUAGACUCAGGCUGUUAUACGAGAUGCACUUACCCCCUGCCUUAACACCUGCUGAUCUAGAGAGCCCCAGUGAGACUCAUACUGAAUGUAGCACAGUAGACGUCCCUUCACCUGAUGACUGCGAUGUUGACAUUGGGGGCGCUGUUGAUGCGGAGGAAGCCGUUGAUGCAGCGGAAUUCUUCGGACCAGACACAAUACCUGCCACAGCAUCUGCAACCUCUACUUCGGAAACCCCUCCCAUGGCUACAUCUACUACCAUUCCAGCAUCGAUAACAGCUAAACCUCAGGAUUCUCCGCAGCGCUCUAGCCUUGGUUCCAGUCCCCGAUCACCAUCUGUGACUUCACCCUCUAAGCGUUGCAAUCCAUUCCUGACGAACCCCGAUCCGACGCUACCUCCGCCCGAUCAGAGCACGGUCUUUGAUUUCCUGGGUGAGGAUAGCCUUCCAGCCAACAGUGAUCAGGAUCAUCAGAAGGCUACAGAACCUGCACAAGGUUACCAGUAUUACCUCAAGAAAUGGCAGCUAGAGAAGGAAGAGGAAGAAAGAAGAAAGAGCUUCAAACAUCUACCUCGUAUGAACCAGGAGCAAUUCAUCCAGCUACUGAAGAGCCUCUAUGACAUGUUUGUGGACCAUCCCGAGGAGCAGGAACUCUAUCGUUCCCUAGCCACUGUCGGAACGCUUCUCUUUGAGCUUGGAGAGGUCGGCAAGAAAUUCUACAAGAGAUCGCAGUCGUCUCCUGCAAGAACGUGGAGUGAGCCCUCAACGUCAAGCGCCUCACUCGGCGAGGAGCUCCAUGGGAAAUUCGUGGAGGAUUGUGCAGGUCUGGCUGCAGUAGGUGGGGAGGUGCAGGGUGGAGACAACAUUGAGAAGCCUAGAGAAGAGACUACCGGAGGUGAAACUGUUCAAGAGAAGGAGGCUUAUAGUGGGGAUAGUCUUGGGGACAGGAGUUUGGUACGAGGUGGGGAGGGAGAUAACACUAUUGUGGAUGCCAUGAAGGCUGUAUCCAUCGAAGAGCCUGGUGACGAGUCUAGUACUGUUGAUCUCGGUGCUGAACAAUGUGGCUCAGAACCUGCCAAAGUGACUGGGAAAGAGUCUAGCACCAGCACCCCCAGCCAUUCUAAUAGCACUGCAACGGCUCUGCCUAGGCCGGACAAUCUACCGACAGAACUCCCUAAGCUGGUAGAUAAUGAGUGGGCGAUUACAUUCGAACAGUUCCUUGCGUCGAUGUUGAACGAGUCUCCCCUUGUGAAAUUUUUUGAGAAACCCGUGGAAAUCUCCGGAAUCGUCGACGGGUUUCGACAGAGAAAAGUUUUCCAAAGACAACUGAGUGAUGUUAGCUUUGGCUCUUCACCAUAAGGCCCUGCUUGCUCAUGAUAUGUAUUGGAAAUUUAUUUGAAAUGCCAACCACACCAACUAAUAAAAAGCCAACCUGCAACUCUGUAUAUGUCAACCUUCUUCAAGUUGAAUAAUCGUCCCAGUCAGAGCAAGUUUUGAGACAAGGGUCCCGUCUUUAAGUCUCACAAAGAAUUGUGAUCGAUCCAAUCAAUCUCAACUCUGUGAAAGUCAAUCAAUAUCAUAAUUAUUCCUACAGGAAAUAAUAAAGAAGUCAACCUUCCUGAAGUUUAAAAAUCGCCCCAGUCUAAGCAAUGUUUUAGACCAGGGUUCUGUCUCACGAAGAAUUGUG